AUGGCUGAAGCAGAGCCAGAGAAAGUGAUCAAGUUAGUUCCAGAGUAUCUCUUGAAAAAGAGAAAAAAAUACCAGGCUAUUAAAGCCACGCAAGCGAAGCUUGCACUACUUGAAAAGAGAAAGGUCUGUAAAGGUACACCGAUAAAGUUCAAGCGUCUGGAAGAUUUUUUGAAGGACAGCCACAAGACACUUCGUGAUGAAACUCGGUUACGUAGGCUUCAACAGAGGCCGCCUCCUAAAAUGCCUCCUGCAAAGUAUAAAUUAGCCUUAGCCGUUCGGAUUAGAGAUAUUAAAGGUAUCAGUCCCAAAGUGAUGAAGGUCAUCCAGAUGUUGAGGCUGAGAAAAAUAUUUAGUGGAACUUUUGUCAAGAUCUGCAAGACCUCCAUCACCAUGUUAAAGAUUGUUGAGCCCUACGUGGCUUGGGGAUAUCCAAACUUAAAGUCUGUGCGUGAGCUCAUUCUGAAGAGAGGACAGACCAAAGUGAACAGUAAGCCUGUUCCUUUAACAGAUAACAACUUCAUUGAGGAACACAUGGGUAAACAUGGCAUUAUCUGUUUGGAGGACUUGAUUCAUGAGGUUUACUCGGUUGGCAAGGCCUUCCGGGAAGCCAACAACUUCUUGAUGCCUUUCAAACUGUCAGUGGCCCGUCAUGCUGCCAGGGACAAGGCCGGGCUGCUCAAGGACCUAGGACAACCUGGAUUUCGUGGCACAGACAUUAACAACAUCAUCAGGCAACUGAACUGA